AUGGCUGAUAACAACGAAGAUCCAGGUUCUGAAGUCUGGCAGUGAGUCAUCAUCUACAUUAAUAUGCACAUCUGGUCUCUCCUCAAAUGUUUUGCUUAUUUUUAAUCUCUUAUGACAUUGAGUUACUAUUUUAAAAGUAUUGCGUAUAUUCUAUCUCUAGACUUUGUUAUCUUAGCAUAGCUAAAUCUAAUAUCAAGUACUAUAAGAUAUAACUAACAUUAAAGUUGUAUUCCAUUACAGUAUAUUUACCACACAACUUCUUGUCGUAACUUGCUUUUAUACCACUUUACUACGAAUAAUGAAAAUCCUUUUAGCACAGUCAUGAGUUACAAUCAUAGCUCAUCAUACAACCGUACCUACGAACGAAAAGUGAUCGAAGAAGGCGGAGGAAAGCCGACUGUCAGAAUCAGCUCACCGUUCCAGACCGUGACUGCUGGAAGCGGAGGCAUACCUUUCUCGAUCCCAUCUCUCCCAUCCUCAAGCUUCAUCACCCCCCACAACUACCACUUCGGUAACUGUGCUGGAAGCUUCUCCUCCAACGACGAUUCUCUCAAUGCCAUUUUGGAUGUCUCUGGCUUUGCUCCAGAAGACCUCAAGGUAACAAUACGGUUCUUUGCAACAAGAUCAACAGUUUUUACAUGUCCCUGCUUCCAAAAAAAAUGAAAAACAAACCCUGAAACAAAAAGCUUCAAAGAUAUAUUGUUGUAGGUAUCGGUGAAUGGCCGCCAAAUCGUGAUCGAAGCCAAGCACGGUGAGAAACAAGAUGAACUCGGCUCCAUCGAACGUUCCUUCGUCCGCAAAUUCAACUUGCCCAAGAACGCGACCCCAGAGUCAGUGACCAGCAACUUGACCGGCGAAGGUCAACUCACUAUCACGGCUCAAGCUCCUCAACAACAACAACAAACCCAAUCUCAAACCAUCCCCAUCAAAGUUCAAACCAACGGCAGUACUUAA